CUGUAUGCGCGCGCGCGCGAGAGCGAGAGAGAGAGAGAGAGCGCGAGCGGUGGAGGCGUCGAUGCGAUAGAGACGGAGGGAAGCCGGCGGUAAAGGGGCAGGAAAUCGCCACCGCCAUCAUCACAACAUCUACUACCCAGCCGACGGGUGGUUAUGGAACUGAAGGAACCGGAUGAAAACGAGUGGAAGUACCACGGAGAGGGCAACCGAAGUUUGGUCGUGUCUCAUGUGCAGCAUUGCCAAGUACUGCGUUUUCUAAAGUUUCCCAUUGAACUUCCACAGCCAAACAAGGCCUUGGAAGAAGUUUCCCAUCGGCUAAACAAUAUUGUAGAAUUUAGUAAACAUGUGAUGAAGCCAUUAUUGGGAGAUAACCUUGUGCAACCUGGGGAGGUUAUACAGCUACCACUGGACUUUGUAAGACAACUGGCAUUGAAGAUCCAGCCGGAAAGGCCAGAAUCACGUUGCAAUAAAGUAAUGGAUGCUUUCAGUGGAUAUACAUUAUGCCUUCCGGAUCUCACUAAAUUCCAAACCUCCCCUCAAUUGGAAAAACGACCGCCACUUUGUAUAGAAAUUAAGCCUAAAUGUGGAUUUAUCCCUUUCUCAAGUCACAUUACCAAGGAGAUUAAACAGCAUGCCUGUCGCUAUUGCAUGCAUCAACACCUGAAGGUGGCUAAUGGAAAAUGGAAGAGGAUGAGCAAAUACUGUCCUCUUGACCUUUUUUCUGGGAAUAAACAGCGUAUGUACAUAGCUUUAAAAAGUUUGCUGCAGGAGCCUCAGAACAAUUUGAAGAUUUUUAAGAAUGGAGAGUUGAUAUUUGGCUGUAAGGAUGACCAGGACUGCUUGAUGGAUCUGAAUGAACUUGCGAAUCAUUUGAAAGCAUACUUCUUCCCUGCUAAUGGUAUGGUCAGUGGACCACAGUGUACCCGAACUGUUCUCACAGAGCUCAUUCACGUGAUAACAAUGGCUUUGUUGAGCAAUGCAGGCACCCUCAGGACAUGUGAUAUGAAGAGAACACGUAUUUCACAGGAAAUAAGGCACUGUGAGGCAAGUCACUUUCGCAAGGAUGUUUUGAGAAAUAAUAUCCAUGCAGUGGAGAAUUCUGGCUUGCCGAAGGGCUGUGUUCUUUCUCGGAUCCUUCAAGUGCAGAUGCUUGAUAUGAUGGACAUAGAUGGAAUUUAUCCUUUAUAUCUGAGAGUUCAGCAGCACUUAGAAGAAUUUACAAAAGACAGGAGUAGAUUGCAUUUAGAUGGUCCUUACAAUGAAACUUUUUAUGAAAGUCUAUCAGACCUUUCACAAGAUGAUGAAACUGUGGAUUAUGCAGCUCGAAAGAUACAUCAGUACAGGAUUGCCACAACUGCCAAGGAUUGCUCCAUUAUGAUUGCACUUUCUCCUUGUCUUCUGGAAGAACGGCCUGAACCAAGUACCGUAAUUAAGACAUCAAGAACUUUGUUUGUGUAUUCCAUCUCCAUUCUUGAUUUGGAUCCCAAACCAUAUGAGAACAUUGCACACCAAUAUAAAUUAGAUGGGAAGAUCAUAAAUUAUUAUUUGCAGAACACGAGGGCCAAGAAGGAAGUUACCACUGCUAACUUCUACAUGGGAUAUGAAGAGUGCACACUGUUUUUUCAUUCAGUUACACAGAGCAGUUGUUGCCCAACAGGAUUUAAAGAAGCAGAAACAGGUUUUACUUUUUCCAUUUUCCAGUUGAAUCUCAAAAGCAGCAACUCAAAGAAUGUUUUAUUAUCUGGUAGCACAAUCAGAAACCCCUUGCAGAAUCAAAUGCUGAUGGUGAACAGUUAAAAUAAUCUGGGUUUAAUUAAGGUAUCUUGAUCUUGAAGAAAAUAAUAUUAUGAAUUAUCUAGGUUUUCAGACUUAUUUUUGACAUCUAAGCUAAAUAACCAUAGGAAUAGUGCUUGAUCCCAGUGCUUUUCUGGAUGAGUUAGUCAUUUUAGUUGCACCAGAAUGAUUGAAGAGUGUACAGCUGGAUUAACUUACUGUUCCAAUUGAUUUUGCAUUCUAUCACUCGACUAAUUGUUGUUUCCCCCUGGAGGUUGUAUUAAAUGAUCUUCCUGUUCCUAAUAUCAAAAUGCUGAACAAGCGCCAACUUACAAAAAAAAGUGCAUGGGUGAUGUUUCCAUUUCCUAACUGUGUUAAAUUUAUUCGUUUUAUUAUUCAGGUGCUAACUUUUUGUUUUUUUUAUAUUUAAAUGGGUAAAUCAUAAUUAUUCGCUGGUUUAAAAAAAAACGUAGGAUGAUUGUAAGAGAAGCUCUAAUUUGUUGCUGACGCUGGCCAUUUCAAGAGGACUUUUAUCAGCAGCACUUGCUCGUCUCUCCUGCAUGAGAUCUCCAUGGUAGACACAAUUCUAGGUUACUCCUGAGUUCAAUUCUGUUCCUAUCCAUUGUUCAUGUCCAAGUAUUUUCCACUGGAAAUUUGCUUAUCUGUCCAAUUGAUGUCCCAAUUGAAGUAAAUUGACUCACAGGCAUCAUGUUCAAUUUAUUAAUAUUGUUUAUAUUAAUGUUAACAAUAUCAUCUCUGACAUUGUUUUAUUUCCAUUUGUGAUUUCAAUAUUAACCAGAAUUCUGCAUUGUUAGUCCAUCGAGAAAUGGAAAGAUAUUUGAUUUGAAUAUAAGGCUUUGAGAGGAAAAUAAAUUAUAAGAUGGCAACAUUUUGGCUUGUCUUUUAAGGUGACUUGAAAUUUGGAUAUAAUAAAUGUCUGUAAACAUGUAUGCAUAAAAAAAAAAUGUUUUGCUAGUUAAAUAAUUUAAAAUAACAGUCUUCACUUGAAACUUAAUGUUCCUGCUGCUGGCUCGAGUGAUGUUUUAAACAUUUUUGAUUUGACUGGUUGGCAAUUGUACCUCAGUGUUUAGUGCCAACAUAAAUUACACCUGUAUGUAAUAUUUAAUUUUGAAAUGGAUUGGAGAUGUUUUGUAGUUCACUUCUGUUGUAAACAUCUCCAGGCGUGUUUUACGUAUAUUAAAAUGAUAAAUUAUCCAAUGCAGUUGUCAUACUCGACAGUCGUGUUCCUGUUGCAUUACUUAUCACUCUCAAACUAAAAUAGGCUUUAAUGUCCAGGAACAUGAGCAUUGUGAAUGAUGGUGAGUGGUUUGAAUCUGGUUUGUCUGUUAACAUUUAUGUUUAAUUGGUGGGUCUGGAUUGUGCUGAAUUAGUGUGGUAUCAGCAGAACUGGUUGGAUGAUUUGCGUCAUAAUACUGUAACAUUUUACUCUCUGGAACACAGCUUAGAUAUGGCCUUUUAAAAAAAGGUUUAACAUCAAUUUCCUACUUGUUUAUAACACUGGUCUGUCGUGCCUUGUGCUUUAUUAAACCACCCAAUUAUUGCUGAUUUGUAAUUUUAAUUUUCCAUUGUAAAAAAUGUCAAUUACAUUUGGUACAGUUUCUGACCAUUGAUCAUUCUUACCACUAUUUCAUUCUGUACUUGUGUACUCAGCACUUAUGAAGCUGUGAAUUGAGCUACCGUUGUAAGAGUGAACUUUCAAAUGUAUUUUUCCAUUAGUUCAGACUACUGUUGAACAUAACUUGUAGAAAUCUUGUACAAAUGCAAUAUGUAAAUAUUUGGCAAUUUAUAUUUAAAUGCUAUAUUUAUUUUUCAUGUGACAGUGCCAUGGGAGAACAUAAAUGUAGUUAUGGCAAGUCCUGAUGUACAAAAUUUUGCAAUAGUACGAUUAAUAAAAAUAAUAAGUAAAUCAA